AUGGCGCAAAUAGUGACUGCUCAGCCAGGAACAACUGUGGUUGUCCAGCAAACACAAGUCCUGAGGGAUUGGAAUUCUGGCCUGUUCUCCUGCUUUGAUGAUAUAGGCAGCUGUAAGCUUUUAUACUUGUGGAUCCAACAGGGCACCCAACGACGGUUCUUCUAAAUGCAGUGAAAACACUUUUUAGCCUAUGCAGAGAACUUUUGCAUCUCUAGAAGUGCAUUCUAAGCGGCGCUAUAAAAUUUGUACCUGUUCGGUCAUCCUAGGGCAACUGAGUCUUUUCGAAAUUACAAGGGCUUCGCUAUUAUUUUCCCGAAAUUGAAAUUUUAGAUGGAAUUUAAAGUUUUACGAAAGUAGGCAUUUUUCUUAUUCCACUCUCCAUCACAUUUUUGAAUCCCAAAAUUUUGGGUUUCCCUCUUCUACGAGAAAUAGCUCGUUAAUCUUGGGAGUGAAAUGCGAAAAAUUAUAUACUUCAGAAAAUCGGGAAUUUAUUAGAUAGCGUUUCUAAAAUUGUGCAUGAAUGGAACGGUCAUCUAGAAACUUGUAGCCUUCCUGAAGCUAUAGAAAAUUCUAGCAAAUUUUUGCUUCUUCGAACAGAUAUUUUGCAAAAACAGUCGUUGGGUGCCCCUGAUUUAAUACUGGAGCGCGCAGUUAACGAUUGACAUUUUUUACUAUGGAGGCAAAUGUUAACCUAUCAGAUCUUGAGGCAAAUAAAUGUAGCUCUGUGAAGCGCGGAAAAGGCCUGCGAACAAAUCACCAUCGGUCUUACCCGUUAUACCGUUUCUUGUUAUUAUAGUUCUGACAGUUUAGAUGCCGACGCAUGAUUUUAUUCUCUGACAACAAAGUGCAGCAAUGUAAAUCAAAAGCACUCUAAGCACUAGUUGCCCGAUAUAAAAAGGAUGGGAGUCUUUCAAACUCGGCAGUGAAUGAAAAAGAUGUACGUAACCGUCAUGUCAUAAGCGCUAGGGGAAGACAAAAAACAAAAUUUGAGUUCCUGACCGGAUUCCGACCUUUGGUGUCCCUGCCGAUACCAGGCACGCGGGCGGGCGGGCGGGCGGGCGAUCGGACGAGCUCGCGGUCGGGCGGACGCAUCCACUGAUCGAUGGAGAGGUCUCCUCAUGCAGAGCGAUUUACAAAACGCGUUGCCUGCAUACUGUUAGGAUCAGAUAUGUCAAGAGCAUGCUGGUUGGUGAUAAGUAAAUAAAUAAAGAUUAAAGGGAAUAUUAUUUAUCAUAAUCAGCACUUACUCUUUCUGCGGUUUAAGACGCUUAAGCACCUGCAAUUGUGGUUUAAACCUCGUUCAAGUUUAUCGUUGUUUUUUUGCUUUGUCCUUAGGUCUCAUGGGUUUGUGUUGUCCUUGCUUCCUGUUGUGCAGCAUUUCCAGCCGCAUGCAGGAAGGAUUUGCUUAUGCCUGCUGCUGCGGUAAUGUCGCACCAUUCACUCUGCGUGCCAAGCUGAGAACAGAACAGCAUAUUCAGGUAGGUCUUUUCAGUGUUUACUUUGAUAAAGAACUUGGUGAUUGUGUGCUUUGUUUGUUUGAUUGUUUGUUUUUGGGAAAUCUUGCAAGCGAGUAAGCGCGAAGACCCCCCCCCCCCCCCCCCCAGUAUCCUUGCGCUAGCAUUCAACUGCCAACCCACUAAUACACAAACCCACCCACCCACCUGAUACGUCGUAAAAGGAUAACUCAACUGUAUGGCCGUGUUGUAAUACCUUAGUUUUUAUGCGAGACCGGCACUCGAGGGCUCAUAUCUUUUCGACCUACAAUCACGGACAAAAGUAUUUCGGAAGGUUAGGGAAAGUUCAUUUAAUAUGACAAGGGGGGGGGAUGAAGAUAUUGAGGGGGGGCUCCGAAAAUUUUUAGACACCCGAAGGGGGGGCUCUGAAAAAAUUGUUGCGCUAGGAGGGGGGGCUCCGAAAAUUUGUAUACUUCAAAACCAACACAUGACAUCAUCAUACAGAUCGGAUGGUUUUCAACUCAAUAAUUUAAUGACCUGUGCAACUCAGCUAUAUCACGGGGUUUACAGAUAUAACAAAUGUAGUCUCAGUAAUUAUUACACUCUUGUUCAUCCUAAAAAUGCUUUAGAAAAUUGUAUCACAACUGUAUCUCAAGUUUGUGAUAGUAUAAACCAUUGAAGACAAUAACGGUAAAUAUAUGUAAUACAGUCUAGCGAUCUUUUUUCAGGGGGGCAAAGGAAUUGAAGGAGGGGGGGGGGGCUCUGAAAUUUUUUCGACUACCAAGGAGGGGGCUCCUAAAAAAUUGAACCGCUAGCGAGGGGGGCUGCUAAAAUUUCAAGCUUCGAGUUUCAAUAUCUUCAUCCCCCCCCCCUUGUCAUAUUAAAUGAACUUUCCCUUAGUCCUCAAAAAAGAGACUUCUCUCUUUUGCUAAAUAUCUCUCUUGCCUCCCUAUUCAUUGUUGGGAUAUAACAGAGCAAUCACGCGCACAAACAUAGACGUUUUGCUCAGUAUUGGGCCAGGGGCGGGGGGAAGAGAAAGGUAAGAAGUAGCAGCCUUCCCAACACUUUCGACGAUAAUAAUUGUAGCUUAACUGCUGCUUUUUUUUUUUCAGGGUUCUCUGUGCAAUGAUGCCCUUACCUUGAUGUUUUGUGCUGAAUGCGCACUCUGCCAGAUGGACCGUGAACUUAAGGCAGUUGGAAAGUGA